CUCUUACUAAGGAGCAGGGAGCAGUAGAAAUGUGGCUGUCAAUUGAAAGUCACUUCUUCACAAAUGAUGCAUUUUAAACCUGGUGCCCUCUGAGGUUGAUGGAGAAAGAAGAGUUACUUUUUUUAGUGAUCGGAAAUGACUGAGAAAUCAGAUAAAAAUAAUUCCACUCGAGAGAGACCCACAGAUCGAAGUUCUCCAGAGAAAAACUGUCAAAUUGGACAGAAGCAAUUGCAACAAAUAGAAAGGCAGCUAAAAUGCUUGGCAUUUCAAAACCCUGGACCACAGGUAGCAGACUUCAACCCAGAAACAAGGCAGCAGAAGAAGAAAGCCCGGAUGUCAAAGAUGAAUGAAUAUUUUUCUGUGAAACACAAAGUUAUGAAGAAGUAUGACAAAAGUGGCAGGCUAAUUUGUAAUGAUGCUGACCUGUGUGACUGCCUAGAGAAGAACUGCCUGGGCUGCUUCUACCCCUGCCCCAAAUGUAACUCCAACAAGUGUGGGCCUGAGUGCCGCUGCAACCGACGGUGGGUUUAUGAUGCCAUUGUCACCGAAUCUGGAGAGGUCAUCAGCUCACUGCCAUUUAAUGUUCCUGACUAGGAGCUGUUGAGUUCUUGUGGACUGAUUUGUUUCUUCUUUUAAGUCAACCUUUUUCUUUUGGAUAAAUGUUGGGGUUUGGGCAAAAUGUUGGAAAAACAUCCGUAAGACUAGAGUUCUCUCCAGCUGCGGAAGAGUGUUCGCUGGGCAAUGAUUCUAUAAGCUUUGGUCUUCUCUCAUUUUUUAGCUCGGAAUGGAAGAAUGUGACAGUGGAUGGAUCACAAUCUCUCCCCAACACCCCUAUUUCUACGUUGCCUUCAAAUUAAAAAUCUCUCCCUCCUUCUUCAUAUCUGAGAGCAUACAGUUUUAAAGAUUUUCAGAACUCUGUUGCUGAGAGGUUUGUCUUACACAGAACAUAGAAUCAUAAAUUCGUCAUGUCUAGUUAUCCUUGUAAUCUUAGGCAUCACUAAUUCUAAAUCAGAAUUGGCAUUUGGACUAGAAGAAAAACAGCCUCUGUGUCUUUUAACUGCGUACUCAUUUUUUAAAAAUUCAACAAUUAAAACUAAAUUUGGUAAUGCUUGGUAAUAUUAUUACACAUUUGCAUUUUAUUUGUAAAAAUUGAAAAAUUAGGACUUGAAUAUUCUAAAAGUGGUAGUUUACAUUUUUAAUUCCGGAAUCAGUAUUUCAAGAUUUUUUCUUUUCAGAGAGAGGAAAGUUGAGUUCAUAUAUGAAAAAAAAAAGUUUUUUGUACGUUUCCAAGUAGUUCACUAGGAACGUGAUGUGGCCCUUUCAGUUCUGAUACAUCAUAGUAUAGGAAGCUGAAUUCAACUUUCUUUGAAUCCAUUUUUUGACUAUCUUGUUAAUUUUAAGUCAGUGGUUCUCAUAUUUUCUGUGCAUCAGAAUCACCCAGAGAACUUGUUCCUCCAUAGAUUUUGUAGCCUCCCCACCCAGAGUUUCUGUUUCAUUCAGUCUGGGACAGGGUUCAAGAAUUUGCAUUUGUAAUAGGUCCCACAUGAUGUUGGUACAACUGAGAUUGGGACCGCCCUUUGAGAAUCACUUCUCUAAGUUAUAUUAGAUACAUGAUGAAAGGAAGUAUUUAUAUGUGUAAUUUAAUAAAUUCUUAAAAAGAAAUAAAAGCUUUUGCUUUUGUAGUGAAUUUGAAAUGUUAUAAAUAGAGUUUUCAGAAUUUAAUUUCCCUUCACAAUUAGUUUCAAAAACACUUGUUUCUGCACUAUACACAUGUGCUAGCGAAGACUUCUAACAAUUCUGAACUUGUUACUUCACAGUAUGUUUUAGGAUAAAAGUAACAAAAAUCCUAAAAAUCAGAACUUCUGUCCACACAGCAAGAACACUUAUUCUUUGGCAUUGUUCUAUAUGGAAUUUGCUGGGUUGCCCAGAUUCAGCUUACUUUUAUGGAACAUCUACUGUGAGCCAAACAGUGUGUUAACUGCCUCCAUCACUACUUUUAAGCAUACAACCUUAAGAGGAAGAUAAGAGGUGAAAUUACCCAAGUCACAUCCUUGACUUGGUCACCAGGCAUGUGCAACCUCGCCACCUGACGAAAGGGUAGGGGUCUUUUUUCAGUUGAUGCAUUCUUUUAUUCUGAGAGUAAUUAAUAAUUUGUAAAUAGUGGAACAAAUGAAUUGCUUUAUUGUUUAUUUUAGAAUUACAUCAUUUUAAAGCUAACAGAAACCUUGCAGAUCAACUAAAUAGUCACGUGGUCAACAAACAUCAAGGGAGGUUGCUUUGCGUCAGGCAGCAGACUAGGUACAGAGG